GGAAGACCUCAGUUGUGUUCAGGCGACAGUGCACGUUGGUCGGUAUCAAUUUUCAUCGAGGUGUUUCACGUUCUCGUUUAGUGUUACAAAUAUAAAACUAAAACAGCUGAAACCGAUCAGUGCAUUCGUGAAUCGCGAUACGUCCAAUUCGCACCUGAACACGUUCCUACCGGCCGCAAGGCCUGGUCCGAAAAGUGAAACGGUGUUUUUCAUCAGAAAACCGGUUGCUCUUACCUCCUUACUAUUUCGCCGACUAACAAGUCUCGAAGUGCAUACCGUCGCAACAGCGACAAGGAUACACGAAGAUACAAAUUUUUAACGACGAGAAUGUCGCAGCGCGACACCGUCAUACAUCUUGUGGCCGGAGGAGUGGCUGGCACGGUUGGCGCCAUAGUGACUUGUCCUCUUGAAGUAGUGAAGACACGUCUACAGUCAUCUUCUUCCGGUUUCUAUCCACCGCCAGGACACAAAGAACUGACGUCUGGCCAUGUCACAUGCAAGAGCUUCCCAACUCCUCAGCAACGAAGAAGAUUAUGCACCGGUGGUUAUCCCAGGUACUCCCUGGUGGCCCUGUCCCACUGCGGUGUGGCACCUCCGCCAGGAGGUGGACCUCACCACGCACACCCACCUCCAGGUCUGAUGCAGUGUUUGAGGUACAUCGUGGAAAACGAAGGCCCCCGGGCUCUCUUCAAAGGACUUGGACCUAACCUCGUCGGCGUAGCACCUUCCAGAGCUAUUUACUUCUGCACGUAUUCGAAGAGCAAAGGAUUCUUCAAUUCCGUACUUCCACCAGACAGUCCUCUGGUUCACGUAUGUUCAGCCUCCUGUGCCGGUUUCAUGGCCAGCACAGCUACGAAUCCUAUAUGGUUUGUGAAAACCAGAUUACAAUUAGAUCAGCAGACAAAUCGAGUCACAGCAAUGGAAUGUGUGCGAAGGAUAUACCAGCAAUCGGGUAUCCUAGGAUUCUACAAGGGUAUCGUUGCCUCCUACUUUGGUAUCAGCGAAACAGUCGUCCACUUUGUCAUAUACGAGGCUGUAAAAGCUUGGCUGAUCGCUAACCGAUCACGAGUAUCCUCAAACGCGGAUGACGAUUCGAAAACUUCGCGAGAUUUUCUGGAAUUCAUGGCGGCCGGCGCCUUCUCGAAAACCGUUGCAUCGUGCAUCGCUUAUCCUCACGAGGUGGCCCGCACACGUUUGAGAGAAGAGGGAACGAAGUACAGGACGUUUUGGCAGACACUGAGUACGGUCUGUGCCGAAGAAGGUCCUCGAGGACUCUAUCGUGGUCUGGCUACACAGCUAGUCAGGCAGAUACCAAACACUGCUAUCAUGAUGGCAACUUAUGAGGCUGUGGUGUACAUUCUUACACGACAAUUUGAUCCCACGCCGGCAGGAUCGAGUGCCACGAAAAGUACUCAAUUUUAUUCCGAGGCAAAAGCCAAACGGGAGCUCGCCUAGGAUUUGCUUACGGCCCAUGAAUAAAGGGCCACGACUUACGAAACUAUGUAUAUCCGGUGUCAGUCACCAGGAGUUAACGUGAUCUUGCGGAAGAUCAUGAAAGUGUCUCGAUAUUUCUUCUUUCACAAAGCAUUGAUUGCUUUAAGGAGGAGAUUCUUGUGCUUGAGACUAUGACAUGCUGAUCCUUGUUUUCGUUCAUAUAAAAAAAGGCAAUGGUUAAAAAAGGAAUGACAUCUUGAGUAGAAAUUUCUACCAUUAAUAUGGAGAUUAGUGAGAUAGAGAUAUAGUGUGCACUUAUUUUGUUAAUCUAUUCAGACCAUGCUACGUUAUAUUGGUUUAUGUUUAUCCCAGACUACCUGCUACUAUUGUUACAAUAUACUUGGUAUUGUCAAUAGCAAUUUGCGUAGCGAUAUCCUUAGGACGCGUGAGAGCGAAUGAUUGUGACACUCCAGUUCUAGAGCUAUUACGACCUACGGAUACGAUAGCGGAUCUCUUUCAUAGAAUUAUGGCCUGGAAUUCUGAAGGUUUUUCGUUCAUUUUGAAAUUCGAGUAUAUCCGCUUGUACAAAUGAACGUUAGAAUCCACUCCUGGAUUCAUAAUCCCCUCGUUUAACCUUUUAUUAUUAUAAUGUAUAUAGUUACGUGCUGGCUUCUCUGAGAACUCGAGUAUUAUCUUUCUAUCAUUGUCUAGUCGGUGAACACUUUUGUUUCUUUGCCGAAUUAAAUAUAGGACUGUGAAUACUAAAUCAGUGUUCGUUUUCUUUCAUUCAUUCUUCUUCAGUCUCAGAGGACAGAGUCAAGUGCUCUCAGUUGGAGCGAGUACUGAAUGUAAACCUGUAUCACGGUUACCUGAGCCUUGAACGAUUGCUAUGGUUAUAUUUAUGCGGAUGUAUAAAAGGUGUAUAUGCUAGAGAGAUGAACGAGUCUGUGAUUUUAGUUUAUCUGUUAGUAGUUUAUUUACGAAGUCGAUACAAAUCAAAACAAAAAGAAGGUUAAAAUAUUUUCAUUAUUUUAGAAGAUAGGGGCCACAAGCCGCUUAAGUGUACAUAGUGUAUGAACCCCAAUUAUCUUAGAGGAUGAAUGUGAAUGAAUUUUUAUGUCUCCUGUACGGAGCAGGGCACUCUUUGUUUCCGUUUGUAGUGAACAAGAGUGAGAGAUGAAAGUGCAGUGAAAGGUCAUGCUUAUGAAAGACUGAAUAAAAUAUAUUGUACUUAGGGUAUGUUCGAACAUUCGCAGAGAAAACGACCGAUUAUACGUAUUAUAAUGCAUACGAAAUUCAGAAUUGGCAAAAUUCUUAUAAAGGAAAAGUACGAAGGUGCACAGAAUUUGUGAUUGAAAGACUCGUGGAACCAAUUGCGAUGUCUCGCUACUUGAAAUUUUCUUAGAAAAUCUUCAUAUUUGACAAUUAAUGCGUACGUGUAUUGGAUGUCUAGGGCAGACCCUUUAUUAGCUUAGGUCAAAGAUAGGAUUUCAUAUUUUAUUCGACACUACUGUUUUUUUUGUUGAUUGCGACCCUUCGUAUGGCUAAAGUGCAUAAUCGUGCUGAUACGUAAUAUUAAUUUUAAGUGCAAAAAUUCAUUUGAAUGAGAAAAAGCAUAUAUAUUUGAUUAUGUUCCUACAUGUAUUACCUAUAUAUACUUGUAAAAUAUCUAUUCCCCGUUGUAAUAUUAUUUAAAGCCAAUUAAAAUACAUUUAAAAAAUAA